UAUCACUAGUUCAUCUGUUUGUUUACAUAAACCCUAAUGAAACUUGCUAAAAGAGUCUCAGCUGUUGGACUUAAUACAAUGUCAGGUAAUGUAGAUCUUCUUUACAGGCUAAAUUGCACCCUAUUUUAGCCCGCUGCUUGUGAAAAGGGAAAAGAGCUUUCUUGAGAGCGGGAACCUAUAGCACAUUAAACAAUGUAUAAACAAUGUGGGAAGAAUUCAGAUCGAUCGGAUAUACAUUUCGUAGAAUUAUUCUCUUCAUUGAUAAGGGAUUCCCGACGUCUCUUUCUUCUCUUUCUAUCUUUUGUCACCAUCUCCAUCCUGCUCUCUUCCUACAAUUUUCUGCUGAUCACCCCAAAAGAUGUCGUCCUCUACCCAUUCAAUUGGCGAAAACAACGGCUCUUCCAAUAAGCCCCAACCUGAUCAAGCUCAAUACGAAUGGCAAAUACUAGAGCCAGACUAUUAUCAACGGGAAGUCGUUGGAGGAGAAAAGAUGUUUGAUUUCUUGGAACGGAGUAUGAACGGACACGGAGAAGGAUGUAUAGUGACGCAAUUUGAAACAAAAGGUCAAGAUUCACAACGCGAAAUGAUUGCAAGAAUUCAAAAUGGUUUUUUGAAAACUUAUCUUAAACAUCCCCUGAUCGGUUGUACACUUGAGACUGAGUUGCGUGAUCCUGCGGGUUCACAAUCGGAUGAGCUCAACAAAGUGACGUAUUUGCGUUAUCGUAAACCGACUACAGCCUCUCAAGCACAACAAUUGGUCAGUACACAUAUCAACUUUCCAAGACUUAAAGAUCCGGCUGACUUGGCAGAUUUCGUCUUGAAUGGCCGUGUCGGUGACGGAGACGGAAGGAGAGCUUCCAUGUACGUUUGCUUUGGGGAGCACAAGGUAUCCGUUGCCUACUAUCUUUCCCACGUCAUCUUUGAUCCUUAUUACGGAGCACAAGCAUACGAUGAAAUGAUGGGCAUGAUUGCUUCUUCCCGGGGUGACACAUUCGACCCUUCGAUCGUUUUGACUCCGAUUCCCGCCGAAGAAAUGCAACGUAGACUACCCGUCAGUGUCUCCUUUGCAUACGAUCGUCAAAUGGAACCCACAGAGGAAGAUAAACAAAAAGGUGUCGAACAUUGGCAAGAUGUCUUGAUGGAUGCUGCUUCGAAAGAUUCGAUCUUGAUUCCAUCAGAUGGAGAUGCAGCUUUCCGUAAAAAUAAACGUUCGUUCACAAAAGUUACUCUAAGUCAACGUGAAACGAAAGCUUUGAACACUUUUUGCAAAUCUGUCGGAAUGCCGUUGGUUGGGCUGAUGGGAGCGAGCUAUCUGUAUACACUGUCACAAGAGUACGGCGCAGCACAUGCAGCAAGGGGAGAAGAAGUUCCAGAAGGCAUCAAAUGCACACUUCCACUACCCGUUCAACAAUUCAUUGAAGUGAACAGGAACGAGUCCCAUGGACCCGUUUCAUGCGCAAUGAUGCCAGGUUUGAUUUGGGUUCCUACAAAAGAUGCAUCAGUUUUGGAAAUUGCAAUGUCUUUAGGACAAGCAACACAAGCACAAAUCACACAUCCUCAUCCUUUGGGAAGAGAGGCAAUGGAUACACUUUUGAUGCCUUAUUUGAGUAGCGUUGCUUCCACUUCAAGCGUUUAUCUUCCACCUGGUUUCCCAGGCUUGACAUACAUCGGAAACGUGUCAAGGUUCAUCACUGAAAGACAUUCGAAUCCUGGCUUGGAAAUGACGUUGUGCGACGUAUACAUGGGAACACGCUCUCUCACCAAUCGUCCUUGGAUGUUAGGAUCAGUAUGGAACGGGAAGUUCAGCGCAGAGAUCUAUUUCAACGAAAGGUAUUUGGACUAUGAUCACAUGACUGAUAUCGUUCAAAAAACCGUUAAGCAAAUGCUGGAAUGCUUACCUGAGCAAGAAGAGGGAGAAGAAUCAGGCAAUCACCGUCAAAGCAGACUUUAA